AUGAUCAACACCAUGGAGUGCGCAGCGGACGCGCAGAGUCUGAUCUCCAUUUCUCUGAUGAAGAUCCAUAACUCCAGGACGCAGAGAGGAGGCAUCAAGCUGCACAAAAACCUGCUGGUCUCGUAUGUGCUGCGGAACGCCAGGCAGGUCUACAUCAAGGAGAAAUACGCGGAGAUCUACAGGAUGCAGCAGUACGAAGAGGUGAUGACGGUCUGCAAUGAGAUCCAGGAGCUCAACCCGCUGGAUCUGGACGCAGAGGACGCGGAGGAUGAGGAGCAGGCGCGGGCUGCUUGCUGCGGAGAGGAGGCGAGUCUGUGCGGAGCUGCGUGCCACCGAGGCGCGGCGCAACUAGCGGUGCACACCCGGGCAGCUGUGAGCGCUCUGCCAGACUGCUGUCCGUUGGAGGAGAGCAGCAAGGAGCCGGAGCCCUGCUACUACCGGAGCUGCUGCAUGGAGACCUCUCCGGUGUCACAGUGCGAGCAGUUCUCCGCGAACAGCUCCGCGUACUGCAACAAAACCACCGUGCUGGACUUGGACACGCAUGUGGUGACCACGGUGGAGAACGGUUACCUCCACCAGGACUGCUGCUGUGACGCGCUCCAGUGCGGACAGAGCGCGCAGUCCCCGGCCAAGAAACGAAAGGUGGAGUUCGGUUGUUGUGUGUCCGAUGUGGAGGAAAUCUCGGAUUUUGCAGCGGCUCGCAAAAGAGCGAAACGCGAGGACUGUUCCUUUUUCCACCCGGACUACACGGACACUUCACACAUCUCCAACCUCAUCUCCAUCUUUGGAUCGGGGUUUUCAGGGCUGCUCAGCAGACAGGCGGACGUGGAACAGAUAUGUAGCAAGCAAGUCCUGGCCAGUCUGGGUGCGUGGACCCGGGCGAUCGUGGCGUUUUGA